CAAUGGCGCCAAAUGCGACAAAAAAUUAAUUCUGGCGCUAAAAUUCUUCAAUUGGCGAAUUUUAGUGGCGCCAACAAAAAAAAGCAACAAAAAAUCGGCGAUGAAAUUUUUUCUCACAGUCGUGAAAUUCUUAUCCCGUACACCGGAAAAUCGAUCCAAGGUAAAGGUCGCGCGUGAUUGAUUACAGGAUGUGUUUGUUUAUAUCACCUGUAUGAUUGUUUUGAGAAGCUGUUGACAUGCAAGGGGUCAAUUUAAUUAUCUAAUUGGAUUAGCAGACGGGAUAACUUUAAUCAUCCAGCUGAUUAGAUAAUUAUGAAUACGUUUGCUGACGUUUGUAGCAAAUUUACUCUUGUGAUGUCGCCGAUGUUGCUGUUCAUGUACGAAAGAUUAAAAGCAUGAUCACCAGAAUGCAGUGGAUGCUGGAAAGCUGCGUGCUCAGAUGGAAACUGCUCGAGUCGCAUCUGUCAGUAAGAGUGGAACAGCUGUUAGAACUGCCAUGGCUAACGUAUAUUUCUUAGCGAAACAAGAUCUCCCCAGCUCCAUGUUGGCUACAGUUAACAGGCACAUGUUAUACCAGGGUGUAUCCCAGUUGGCAAAUCUUAAGGUUGACCAACACACUACUUACGAACACUCAGAUUCUACGAAUGAGUUUCAAGACAGCAUUGCAGCUGUGAUUGAGGAUGAGAUUUUAGAGAAAGUUAAAUCGAGUGGCAAAUACAGUUUAAUGUUCGAUGAAAGUACAGACAUUUCAGUUCAUCAGAAUCUAAUCAUGUAUAUACGUGUUUUGGAAACUGACUGCCUUGGUGUUGUGAAUCCAAAUACUCAUUUUUUUUCAAUUGACAGUAUUGAACGUGCUAAUGCUGAGUCUAUUUAUGCAAAAGUAUUGAGUACUCUUAGCCAGAAAGGAAUUCAGUUGUCCGGUCUCUGUGGGGUUAGCACAGAUGGUGCAUCUGUGAUGGUAGGAAACAAGUCAGGUGUUGUAACUAGACUUAAGGCAGUAGUGCCAGGUGUUUUAGCUACACAUUGUAUAGCACAUAGAUUAGCUCUUAGCUGUUGUAGUGGAGCAGACACAAUACCAUACUUAGUUAAGGUGCAGGAAAUUUUAAACAGUGUGUACAAGUAUUUUCACCUGUCACCAAAGCAUAUGGCCAUGCUAGAAUCUAUCCAGCAACAUUCACAGGGCAAAUGUCUAAAGUUCAAAGAGGUAUUCCAUACACGAUGGCUGAGUUUUGAGGGUUCUGUAGAAGCCAUGGUGAGAAACUAUGGUGAUUUAGUGUCAGUAUUUCUAGAGGAAAGUAGUGGUAAGGCAUUAAGUCUGUACAAGCCCAUCACUUCUUAUAAAUUCCUGUAUGUAGUUCACUUCUUGUGUGAUCUCCUGAAACCACUAGCUGCCUUGUCUAAAACCUUCCAGAAAUCCGACUUGGACUUUUCGGAAGUUAUGCCCAUGCUACACUCAACAAUUGACCGAGUAGAACAUCUUGGAUCCAAGAAAGAUGGCACCUACCUGAGUGGAUUUAUAUCACAGGUGCCAGACGAGCCACAGGUAGGUGAUGAUGGUCUCACAACUUUCGAGUACCAGGGUCAUACCAUUAGGGACGGAGAAAAACAGCGUAAGGAUGCAGUCAGUGUUUGUGAUAAGUUUGUCGCAGGUAUGAUUAGAUCUAUGAAUGAUAGGUUUUGUGAUAAUGAGGACAGUACAGUGUUGACAGCAUUGAGUAACUUAUUUAAUCCAGUUUUAGAAAGGGAAAGUAAAGUAGAUGAUACAGAGGUUAUUGUAGAGUACCUAGGUAAGGUUGGUCUUGAGUGUAGUAUAGAUGAUGUAGACAUGUUCCUCAGAUUUGCUCAUUCUCUCAUCAAAGAAGGCAAUACGUCUGUAAAGUCGCCCAGGGAUGUAGCAAACUUGGCAAUCAGGAAGAAAGAUGUCUAUCCUACAGCUGCAGAAGCUGCAGAGAGAUUUCUUCUUGCUCCAGUCUCUACUGUUGAUUGCGAGAGGGGCUUUAGUAAACAGAACCUAAUUAAAACAUGUCUGAGAAGUAGAAUGUCUGCUAAGUGUUUGGAUAGGUUAAUCAGAAUAUCUGUAGAAGGUCCAGAAAUUAGUCAGUUUCCUUUUGAUAAGGCAUUCAAGAAGUGGGCUUCAAAGGACAGGAGAAUUUUAAAGUAGUGUCCAGCUAUCAGUUAGCUUAAGUGAUACUAAGCAAAAUAUAAGAAACAUGCAUUUUUUACUAGUAAAUGAUUUUACUCAUUGAUGUUCAAGAUAAGAUGUUUUCAGUCUAAGAUUAGUUCACUUGGUUGUGUAUCUGAUUUCAAACUCUUUUGUUUCAAAACAAAACAUAAUGUACUUAAUGUUAAGAUAUGAUGUUUACAGACGCAUUUGUGUGCAUACAUAUGACUUGAUAUUUGUGAAGGUUUUUCUUUUUCAGAACAUGUGCUUGUUUAUAUUAUGUGCUAGUUCAGAGAUAGUUCAUCAAUCUGAUUUCAUUCUCUGUUGGUUUUUUUCAAAACAAAAUAUAAUGUACUUUAUGUGCUG